AUCUGGAGUCAGUAUGCGCUGCUGUUCAUGAUGGUGCCGCUGGGAAGGAAUGAAGACGGGACCCGAUACAUAUUACAGAGGCCUCUAGCGUCUUUAUAACACUGUCCUUUUGUCGUCGGGAUAUUAUUAAUGUUGACCGGACAGAAGCAGAUGAACUAAUGACUGGAGCUUCAAUACACAGCCGCAACAAAAGCAAGCACGUGGACACGAACCCAGGACUGAGCUCCUCCAUCAGGAUCAUGGGAGAGAAUGGCCCUCUCACGGAGACAGCCAUGCUCUUUGAAGACGAGGAAGAAGAUGUGGACAAACUGGGCCGAGAGGAGGAAGAUGAGGAUAAGAUGGCCGACUUUGACAAAGACGACGGCAUAAUCUCGGGACCCUCGUCCUCCUCGGGAAGGGUCUACGAUCGCACCACUGUGCUCAUAGAGCAAGACCCCAUCCGCCUGGACGAGGAGGGCGAGGAGGACGGCAUGGCCUUCCUGCCGGAGGGAGAGGGCGAGGGAGACGAGGGCUCUCUGGCCUUCAUGGGUGACCCGGAUGGCAUGUCGCAGGGAUACAUACAUCACACCAUCUCUCCGGACCAGAUACAGUUCAUCAUUAACCCGGGAUCCACCCCUAUGCCGCGAAACAUCGAGGGCGCGACGCUGACGCUACACUCCGAGUGCCCGGAGACCAAGCAGAGAGAGGUGAAGCGAUACCAAUGCAUGUUCGAGGGCUGUACACGCACCUACAGCACGGCGGGAAACCUGCGCACGCAUCAGAAGACACACCGCGGCGAAUACACGUUUGUGUGCAACCAACAGGGCUGCGGCAAAGCCUUCCUCACGUCCUACAGCCUGAAGAUCCACGUUCGCGUCCACACAAAAGAAAAACCCUUUGAGUGUGACGUCCAGGGCUGUGAGAAAGCCUUCAACACACUCUACAGACUGAAAGCACACCAGAGGCUGCACACUGGGAAGACGUUUAACUGUGAAUCAGAGGGAUGCACCAAGUACUUCACCACACUCAGUGACCUGAGGAAGCACAUCCGCACACACACAGGGGAAAAACCAUUCCGGUGUGAUCAUGAUGGCUGUGGUAAGGCUUUCGCUGCUAGUCAUCACCUGAAAACACAUGUACGGACACACACUGGAGAAAAGCCGUUUUUCUGUCCGAGCGAUGGCUGUGAGAAGACCUUCAGCUCUCAGUACAGCCUUAAGAGUCACAUUCGAGGUCAUGAUAAAGGUCCAGCGUUCACUGUGAGCAGUCAUCCGCUGUCAGAGGAUGCGAAUCACUCGCUGUGCCUCAGUGAUUUGAGCCUCAUUUCCACAGACUCUGAGCUCCAGGAGAACCAGAAUUCUCAGGGUUUGGAUCUGAACAGUGUCACCCCCAUACGAAUCUUUGAGCUGAUGUUCCAGAGUCCUGAGAACAGUGUCAGCCCGGACGACCCCAAACCCACAGAUAACCUAGCGGAGUCUUUUGGCCUUGAGUCGUCACCUCCGACAGCUGCUGCAGACGUGUCCACUCAGCCCACGUUCCCUCAGCCCCCUUCGUCCACCACUUCCCCAUCCUGCUCCAUCACGACCCCUGCUUUGGAGGCUCAGACUCCGCCUACAACACUCCCCUCUCAGCCGGCUCCGCCUCCUCCUCCUCCUCCUCCUGCUGUCAGCAGCUCAUUAAUGACCUCCACUUUCGCCUGUGCUCCGCCAACCUCAUCACAUUCACCAGAAGUGCCCGCUCCAUCUGCACCCUCAGUCGGCCAGCAUUACAUGACACUGACCUCCACUGCUCAGCCGGUGCCUCCACCAACCGCGCCCGUAGUCUCCAGCGUGCCGGCCGCGGCGACUGAGGUGACGGCGGCAGUAACGCACACAGUGCCUUUGGCUCCUCCUCCUCCUCCUACGAUCACUAUCGCCCCCACGCUCGGCCUGCAGCCCAGCAUCGUCAUGUCCGAUCAGAACCUGCAGUGGAUCCUCAGCAGUGCCGCCAGCGCUCAACAAAACCCUGAACAACAGGGCCCAAAAGUAGAGAAAGUCUUUUUUACAACAGCCAUACCAGUCGGUGGACAUUCAGGGAACGCAGUGCAGCAGAUCGGUCUGAGUCUGCCGGUCAUCAUCAUAAAGCAGGAGGAGUCCUGCCAGUGUCAUUGUGCCUGCAGAGACUCGGCUAAAGACAAGAGCGCUGCCACCUCAAUGGAGAAGUCAAAGAACACGUCGCCGCCUCCUGUUGCACCUCCUCCGCCGCCUCCAGCCCUCCCCGAAGAACCUCGCUCCUGCUGCCCAUCCAAACAGAACCCUGCUCCAUCCCAACCUGACAGCCUGCCUGCUCCAGUGACCCCCAACACCCCCAGCGAUGGUCUGGCCAGCAUGGAUGUCUCAGAUCUGCUCAGUCCAGACACCACGGCCAACAUAGAGGCCCUGCUCAUGGUGGCGGAUGAGUUCGCCAUGGCUGAUGGAGCUGGCAGCAGCAGCUGCGCCCCCUAGAGGUUCAGUCCUCACUCUUCAUCUGUACCGUGUACGGAUGGGUAUCUCACACACACCUGUACCUCUGCUAUAGGCACGCAUCUCUCCCUGUGUGAUCCUGACCCGAGCAUCUGGGUUUUGGUGCGCUUGAAAGGGAGAGUAGCAGGCGGAGCAGUUUAGGGCACCAGGAAAAGUAGUUUAGUUGCUUCUCAAAAUGAUUUGAGUCUCUGUAGUGUUUUAACCCCGCCAUUUCGGUAGACUAUUUCAGAGAUUAUUUAAAGAUCAAAAUCUGCUUAUAGAGAUUCACCAUACUAAAGAUGAGUUUUCACCCCGGCCACAUGCUGUACUUGAGUUUAAACUUGAAACCCACUAGAUCGAUGGGAAUGUACUUCGCGUUAGUUCACUGGUGUAUCGGAGACUUCAACAGCAAGGCCUUCAUCACAGUUUGUGGGUAAUGAAGUCAUCUACGAAAAGUCCUGCACAUUGAAACAUUGAAGUAUUUUAUGUGUAAUUUAUUAGAAAGGCUGCAGUGCUCAUAAUAAUAAUAAUAAUAAUAAUAAUAAUAAUAAUGUGAUUUUUGAGAUAUUUUAUUUUACAGUUUGUCACAGGAUAAACUGCGAUGAACAUUUACCUGCCUUUUAAAUGUAAUUUAGAGGUUUGUUUGGCUGCCUAUAACUUAGUAUUUAAUUUUAUAUAUGUUAAUUUAUUAAAAUACUCAAUUGUUGGAUAAAUGUAGCUCUUUUUCCCAACUUUUCACAAAAUUUUCCUUCUCUGUUCCCCAAACUAGGCAGAUAGUCUUUCUUUAAGUGAAUCUCACAAAAGUUUUUUUUUCUAGGUCAUAUUUCCCACAAUCAGAAGGAAAAUAUCAAAUGGUACUUUUUGCAUAAAGAAAAUAAACUAUUAGAGACAAUUUCAUACCCAAUUCUCAUUAUAACUAUGUAAAAAAAAAAAAAUUGUGCUGGGUAACGAUUAAUCACGAUGAAUCGCAUCCAAAAUAGAAGUUUUUGUUUAUAUAAUACAUGUGUAUGUACUGUGUAUAUUUAUUAUGUAUAUAUAAAGACACAAAUACAGUAUGUAUUUUGAAAAUAUUUCUGUGUAUAUAUUUAUAUUAUAUAUAAAUAUAUUGAAUAUAUAAACAUAUUUUUCCUAAAUAUAUACAUGCUUCUGUGUGUAUUUUACAUACAAAAUAAAUAAUAAAUAUACACAGUACACACACAUAUAUUAUGUACACACAAACUUUUAUUUUGGAUGCAAUUAAUCAUUGCCCAGCUGUGUGUGUGUGUGUGUGGAUAUAAUGUGUAUAUAUGUAUAUGUGUGUAUGUGUUUAAAAAUGAUAUUGUCUAAAUUUACUAAUAAUACUGCUAAUAUGGAGCCCCACACAUGACAUGAGGGAAAAAUAUAUAUAUAUAUAUAUCUCAUGGCCACAAAUUACGAAUUUAUUUUCACGACAUGAUUUACUAAUUUGUUAACUUGUUUUAUUAAAAUCAUGACCACAAUUUACUAAUUCAUAUCCUUCUUGUAAAUUGUGCCCACUAUUUACUAAUUUGUUACCUAGUUUUAGUUUAAAUGAGGGAACAAAUUAGUAAAUUGGGUGGCAAUGAACAAAGAAUUUGUGGAAAUGAGUUCUUAUUUUUUGGCUGCAAAAUCUCAGAUGUGUGUGUGUGUGUCAUGUAAAGCAGCUCCGUAUAUUAAUCAAAUGCAAAAAAUGACUUUAUGCAAAAAAUAGAUGUUUUUUCCAGUGAUUUUGUGGAUGAAAUAUGACCGCUCUUAAACACUCAAACGCUUUUGCCUUUGUGAUGGGUAUACAGUUGGGUUUCCUUUCUUAUUUCUCAUUGGUUGUUACAGAUCUCUGUUUCCCGCCUCUGAUCAGCGUCUCCCUGCACUUUUCCUUUCGUGAACCCCGUUUCUAAACCCGCGUGAGUCUCUUGUGACCCGCUCAGGGAUACAGAAAAACAAGCAGCGGUAUUUUCUGAGAUGAUGUGUGCAUUCGUACGUGUGUGUGUGUGUGUGUGUGUGUGUGUGUGUGUCUGUAUUUAUGGGUUCCUGACCAGAUAAGCAGACACAACUCAUCAGAUCUGUUGUUUUUAUUAAUCUGCUUGUAGUGCACUACCCAGCCACGGUUCAGCCGACCCGGCCAACGCCCCUCAUUUAUAUACCACUGCUGUAUAGAGGUUUUAAAGAGCUGACCGUAAUGUAAAUAUAUAGUACAUUUGAAAUGAUAAAUGUUUAAGCCUUUAGAUUGUAUUUGUAUUUUUGUAUAGAACUAUGAGAAAUCAGACAUUGGGUGUGAGAUGAGAGACGUGACUCUGCACUGCCUUUACUGUCACCUGUGCAUCUCUUAUGCAGUACGUAGUUCUCCGCAGAUCCUUGUGUUUCAGACUCACGUAGGACAGGAAUUGCCUUACAGCUCAUCAUAGUCAUUUCAUUUCAGCAUGAACAUGGAGAAUUGGAAUCGGAUAGAUAUUACUGAGCGAGCCUUUUCCUAUCCAGUGCCAAAUUAAACCGUGAACUGACAGUGAAGCUACGUGUUAAUCGGUUGCUUUGUUAUUUACCCACUACAUUUCCUUUUUAAAUAUCUAUUAAUGGGACCUGUGCAAACUUAGUACUGGAACGUUAUGGCGCAAUCUUUUUGAACAACACAGUUGUUUCCCUAAUAAAUGCACUUACUUUGGGGUCCAGCCAAUAUAACGAUCAACCGUACCUUAAUAAUAAUAAUGCUUUCUGACCUUAUUGUUUGUUCACAUUUUGCAUAGGACUUCAUUUCGAUUGAAACUGUUAUUAUUCAUCACCUAACAAAAAUAAGUAACUAUGCAAUGUCAUAGAGCAUAUAGAAAAACAUCAGAACACUCCAUCUGUACAUGUUCAUGAGUCAAAUAUCAUUUGUCGGCAUUCACUGGUCAUUUUAGCAUAUGCAAGUCAUCAUAUAAAGAAACGGCCGUGUCCUAUUGCAUUGAGUAUUUCAAGCCUGUUUUUUUUUUUCCCUUAAGUCUCGCCUAUUAAAAUGUUUGUGUUGUGUACAGUUAUGUUUGAUGUGACUUAAUCGGUUUCGUUUUGUAUCUGGGCAUUGCAAUGUUAUAUAUAUAUAUAUAUGUGUGUAUAUUUUUUCCUGUUGAAAAUUAUUGCUGCUUCAGUGUGUUUGUUUUUUUGGUUUUUUUUUUUAUUGUCCCCCACCUGACAUGAAAAUCUUGCAUUUGUUUUAUUGUUGGAAAAUACUGAUGAAAGAACUUGCUUGACUGUCAAAUCCUGGUUUUAUUCCUGCUCAAGAUCAACUCUUGUUCAUGUAAACUCAAUGUUUGUUUUUUUUUUUAAUCAUUCCACCUUUAUCAGGUGCCAUCAUCAUCACACAUGGGUCUUUUCAAGGCAUUAACCUAUGAUUUGGUCCUUCAGUGCAGCAAACUAGCUUAGCGAACAGUUGCGUUUCCUAGAUAUUUAUUCUGAAUUUCUUCUGGUUCAGGCAGCAUCAAAGGACACUAGACAAGAGGAAAAGUUGGUCUGGCAUGUUAGUUAAGGUAAAGAGGAAACAAAUGCUUCCAUAAGGACUGCUUUUGAUACCCAAAGUGUGAGGAAACUGUAAAGAUCUGUAUUUUUAAAGAAUGUAUAAUGUGAAAUUUUUUCUCAUAUGCUUGUUUUGUAUAAAGUAUUAUGUAUUAUGGCAAAGUAAUAACUUUUUGAAUCAAAAAGCAAUACAAUACCAGUAAAAUCC